GUUUUCUUGAUUCUACAUCUUUGCAAGAAGACUCCUUUUGAAGAUGAUCGUACCCUGCAUCGUACUGGCAGCUGUGGGUGCCAUGGCUGUCGAGCCCAGCUCGUUUUAUCAACAGAGCAUGCAAGAGUUUGUUGAUUAUAUCAACAGCGCUCAAUCCUUGUUUAAGGCUGGCGUCCCUACAAAGGGAUUCAAACCACGGUUUAUGGAUCCGAAAUACUUGGAACUGAAUAAAAAAACACUUUUGAGGAAGGUUCCGGUUGUGCUUGCGGCAGAGCAAAAUAUAACUAUCCCACCCAGGUUUGAUGCGCGUGAGAUGUGGUCUAAUUGUAAGUCCAUAAGGCUUGUUCGCGAUCAGGGCAAUUGCGGAUCAUGCUGGGCAGUCGCAGCAACCUCGGUCAUGUCAGAUAGAUUGUGCAUCGCUUCCGGACAGAGAAUUCAGACGCUAUUGUCCGCUACAGAUCUCCUGUCUUGUUGCAAGGAUUGCAGAAAGAACGGCGGCGAUCCCUGUGAAGGAGGAGAGAGAGAAGAAGCCUGGAUUUAUUUGAAUACACAUGGAAUUUGUUCUGGAGGGCCAUACAAUCGAACGACUGGGUGCAAACCGUAUAUGUUUCCUCCAUGUGAUCACGUCUCUAUAGAUAUGGAUUUGGGACAUAAUUUUUGUAAAGAUAAAGAAACGUUGCCGGUACCAGAAUGCGCGGAAGAGUGCUUGAAAGGUUACGGGAAGACUUACGCCGAAGAUAGAGUACAUGGAUUCGGUUAUGAAGUUGAUACGGAUGAAGAAGAGAUCCAGAAGGAGAUAAUGACAAGGGGACCUGUUCAAGCUACCUUCAUAGUGUAUGCAGAUUUCGGUAUCUACAAAAGCGGAAUAUACAAAAGAGUCCUGGAUCGCAAAAACAAAAGGCUGGCCCCACAUACUGUCAAAAUCAUUGGUUGGGGUGUAGAAAAUAUGAAUGGUAGAGAUGUGAAGUAUUGGCUGAUUUCCAAUUCAUGGGGCCCUAGAUGGGGAGAAAAUGGAUUCUUCCGCAUGAUCCGUGGAGAAAACCAUUGUCUAAUUGAAUCCGAAGUCGUUGCAGGCCAAAUGAUUCCGUAA